AUGGCCGCCGAUGGCGAUGGCGCCUUUGGUCCCGCGCUCAAGGGCGUCUUCGACUUUACCCUGUCCUUUGAGCACUCCAUCCUCUCUAUUGUGCCAACAUCCGUCUUCAUCGCCCUCACGCCACUCCACGUAAAUCACCUCUUUCGCCGCCAACCAUGCGUCAAGCCAGGAAUCUUGCUCUGGCUCAAGAUGCUCAGCACCGUCCUGCUUCUCUCUUGCCACGUCGCCAGUCUUGCUCUCUGGGCCAUCUCCUCGGUCCCCCGACACGACUUGGCUGUCGCCUCGGCAGCCAUCGCCUGUGUUGGCUCCAUCUGCGUCUUCUUUCUUCUAUACGCCGAGCACAUCUACUCAUACCGACCCUCGACCCUCCUCAGCCUCUAUUUAACCCUCAUGGUCUUGUUCGAUAUCGCCAAGACGAGAUCCUAUUUUCUGCGCACCGAUCUCCGUGCGCUUGCUGGUCUUUCUGUCGCCGUCGUCGUCGCUGAAUUCGUCCUGCUCCUCCUCCAAGAAGUUUCGAAACGUCGCCUCGUCACAUCUCGAAAUUCUCAACCCCUACUGAGCGGCGAGACCCUAAGCGGUUUUUGGGGCCGGGCUCUGUUUCUCUGGGUCAACACGACCCUCAAACUGGGCUUCCGUUCCAUUCUGCGCGUCGAAGACCUCAAGGACCUGGGCCCUGAAUUCAGCUCCGAGCGCCUCCAUACCGAAUUUGAGCCUCAUUGGCAAACCGCGAGCCCAACCUCGAAUCACUCUCUUGCUUCUGCUCUCCUCCGCACACUCUAUCCCGAGUUUUUACGAGUCAUUGUUCCUCGCAUUUGCUUCCUCGGCUUCACUUUUUCCCAACCCUGGCUGAUAAUGGCCAUUAUUGACACUGUCGUUAGUGGUCAUCCCGGCUCCGAAAUUUCUGGGGGCCUCGUCGGUGCCACCGCUUUGGUCUACAUUGGCAUUGCCAUCAGCAGAGGAUACUACAGGCAUCACGCCUAUCGCUCCGCCACCCUGACCCGCGGUAUUCUCGUCACUGCCAUCUUGCACAAGGCACUCAAGCUUACUCACACCCAACUCAAAAAGUCGGCCGCGCUGACCCUCAUGACCGCCGAUAUCGAAACCUUGACCUUCACCAUUACAACCUUUCACGACCUGUGGGCCAGUGCUUUUGAACUCGGUCUGGCCAUCUUUAUGCUGGCCAAGAUCAUUGGUGGCGCGUGCUUCUUCGUCCUCAUUCCCGCCGUCCUGUCCGCCGUUGUCUCGUCCUACUACACCAAGAAGCUUGGCGUCGCUCGGAGAACCUGGAACGAAAAGAUUGAAAAGAGAGUCGGCGAGACCAAGGAUGUCAUUACCCAGCUCAAGGCCAUCAAGAUGAGUGGUCUCGCCCCCUUUUAUUCCAACCACAUCACGGCCCUUCGCGAAGACGAAAUCAAGACCUCGCUCCCCGAGCGCAGUGUGCGUGUUGGUCUGCUCUCUGCCGGUGCAUUGUCCGAUGCCAUCACCCCGGUCCUGGUGGUCGCUGGAGCUCUUUUCUGGACCAGAGAAACCGAGAAGCUCACCACUGCACAGUUUUUCACGGUCUUGUCCGUCGUUGCCGUCGUUGUUGGUCCAAUGACCCACCUGCUCACUUACCUGCCCUUUGCCGUUGGUGGCUAUGCUGGAUUGACUCGUAUCCAGGCCUUUUUGCGGCUCGAAGAACGUCUUGAUACUCGCCAGAGUGGAAACGGUCCGCCCGAAGGCUCGCCCAUUGAUAUGAUGAUGAUACAAGCCGAGAAUCUCAGGAGAGCCCGUGAAACGGCUGAGAAAGGACCCAGUCCUUUUGCUGUCGAACUUGUCCACGUCACUAUCAACCGACUCGAGAAUGCCGCAGUUCCUCUCAUUGAUGAUAUUAGCAUCCAAUUCCGCACAGGCCAAAUAUCCAUGCUAGUCGGACCUGUCGGUUCCGGCAAGUCCACCCUGUGUAGGGCCAUCCUGGGCGAGCAGAAGCUCGACCACGGCUUUGUCCUCAUGGGAGGAAUUCGUGUUGCUUACUGCGACCAGUCGCCGUGGCUCCAGAAUAUGUGCAUCCGCGACUGCGUCAUUGCUCACUGCGAGUACAUUCUGCCCUGGUACAAAUCUGUCAUUUGGGCUUGCGCGCUGGAAGAGGAUUUGGAGCAACUGCCGGACGGCGACAAGACCAUGGUUGGUAGCGGCGGUGGCCUCAUCAGUGGCGGUCAAAAGCAGCGCGUUGCGCUAGCGAGAGCAAUCUACUCCCGCGCCCCCGUCAUCGUCCUCGAUGACGUUCUCAGCGCGCUGGACUCUGACACGGCUGAAAUUAUUCUGUCCCGCCUGCUUGGGGAGGAUGGCCUUCUCACCCAGACUGGUACAACAGUCAUCAUGACUACCAAUAUUCGCGAGCAUCUCCCCCUCGCACACACAGUCUACGCUCUAGACGGCAGGGGUCACAUCAAGGAGACGGUCAACAACUCGCCCGACCUCAUCCGAAAAGAGUACUUGGUGAGCAGCUCUCAGUUGUCCAAGGAAGUCGAGCCAUUUGUGCCCCAGCCAUCACCAGAGCCUUCCAAGGACCAGGCGCACCAGCGUCAACGUGGUGACUUUUCACUGUACAUGUACUAUUUCCGGUCCAGUGGAGUUUCCAUGAUUGUUCUCUGGGUUCUUUCCAUUUCCUUUGCUGCCGUCAUAAGGGCCCUGCCUCAGAUUUAUGCCAGCCUCUGGAUGGACCAAGAUCCGCAAAAUAUGAAGUGGUUCUACGGCUAUGCUGCCUUGGCCGUCGGUACUGCUAUCACACUCGCCGUCAGCUUGUUCUUUUACUAUUACAAGGUAGUGCCCAAGUCGUCGCGUGCUCUGCACAAGCAGUUGCUGGAUACGACGAUGAAGGCCCAGCUGCCGUUCAUCACCAAGACCGAGAGCGGUGUCCUCGUCAGCAAGUUCUCACAAGAUGUUGGAUUCUUGUCGCAACAGCUGCCGCAGUACUUUUUGGAGUUUACCUAUACCUCUGUUGCCUGCUUGGUUAGCAUUGGAGUCAUUGUCUCUGGCGCAAGCUAUGCUGCUAUUGCGGUGCCUGCACUGCUCAUUUUUCUCUGGCAGAUGCAGAGAUUCUACCUGCGCACCUCUCGACAAAUUCGUCACAUGGACCUCGAAGCCAAGUCGCCCCUAUACACCCUCUUCCAGGAUGUCGGCGACGGCAUCAUGCAUAUCCGCGCGUUUCAGUGGGAGUCGGACAUUAAGUGGCAGGGAUACGGCCUGCUGGACUACUCGCAGCGUCCCUACUACUACAUGUACGCCAUUCAGCGCUGGCUCGCGCUCGUCAUGGACCUGACCGUGGCCGGCGUCGCCAUGCUCCUCGUUGGCCUCGCCGUCAACCUGCCUGACAAGACCAGCGGUGGUGCCAUUGGUCUGUCCUUGGUGACACUCAUUAACCUGAGCGAGAGCAUGUCGUACCUCGUCAAGGAUUGGUCGAAUCUGGAAACAUCUCUGGGUGCCAUGGCCCGUGUGCGCGAAUUUAACAACACGACGCCGCUCGAGGCCGAGCCCGUCCUCAAACCCGGCGAGCAGCUGCCCGACAACUGGCCGUCUCUGGGCCGCGUCGACCUCGCGGGCGUCACCGCCAAGUACGAUCCGCAGGACCUGUCGUCGCGCCCUGUGCUCAAGGACAUGUCCCUCACCGUACAGCCGCACGAAAAGGUGGCCAUUAUCGGGCGCACAGGCAGCGGCAAGUCGUCGCUCCUCCUGGCGCUCCUCAGCUUCCUCGACUACAGCGGCACCAUCCGGAUCGACGGGCGCGACGUGCGCAGCAUCCCGCCAGACCUGCUGCGCUCGCGCAUCAUCACCGUGUCGCAGGACGACGUGGAGCUGGCGGCGUCGAUCCGCGUCAACCUGAACCCGUACGAGGCGCGCGACGACAGCGACCGCAUCUGCGACGACGUCAUGAUUGACCACCUCACCCGGGUCAAGCUGUGGCCGCUGAUCCAGGCCCACGGCGGGCUCGACGUGCAGCUGCGCGACCUGGCCUUUUCCAAGGGCCAGAAGCAGCUGCUGUGCAUCGCGCGCGCCAUGCUCCGCCGGCAGCACACGUCGGCCAGCCUUGUGCUCAUCGACGAGGCGACGAGCAGCGUCGACGAGGAGACGGACGAGGAGAUCCAGGCCGAGAUUGCGGCCGCGUUUGCGCACUGCACGGUGCUGACGGUGACGCACAGGAUGAGCGCGGUGCACCAUGCGGAUGUGAUUGUCGAGAUGGAGAAUGGAAAUCUCAAUAGGGUCAUAACACGUCGCGCACCGCGCGAUGAUGAGGAGUUUUAG